AUGUCCGUACCUGGGCCGGGACAUUCUGAGCAGGAACACGAGCUGCACAAGAGCCUGCUGCGUGACGACGAUGAUUUAGACUCCGAGAUUGAGGGCGCUUUAGAUGCAGCAGUUCAGUUCGAAAAACCUGCACCGCCUUCAGCUUUUGCUAGACACGUUCAGGAUCCUGAACAUGCGGCUCUUCGAAGGGAAUACAGCAAUCCGGCCGCUCAACGUCCUCGUCCGACAACUCCCACACAGUCGUGUACUCUGGAGAGAUUCGCAUUCAAUGCGCCAUUCGAAGGCAUGUUUUCGUUGUCGUAA